UAUUAAACCCCCCCUUGAUGGAAUCUCGCGAAACCUGGAGUACAGUGCGGUGUAAGCCGAUGAAAACAACGUGUACCUGUUUCAUUUGAACAUUAUUUACCACACGUAUCCUUCGACGUUGCAAUAUCACUGUAACUUUGUCUUUAUUUUUUUUUUUAAAGAAAGAAGGCGCUGCUCAGGUGACGGGGAUUGUGGGAAACGUGUUUAUUGUGUUGCGCGCGUGAAUGGUUUCCGUUUUGUUCGCGACGAUCGGGAGAAUCGUUAUCGGGCGUGUUUACAAGAGGUUUUUGUUAAAUGGAAAAAGAGAAAUAAGAAAUGGAAAAAUGGAAAAGGAAAAAGCAUAAUACGAGACGGGAGUUGUUCAGUUGUUGGUUGAUGUGUGGUGACACCUGCCGUCAACAAACGGAGACUGCGCAGGGGGUCACAAUACCGGAAGUUACCUUCUGCCGGCAGUCUCCCCCGCCUUCCUUCAUCAUCUUCUGCCGCCGACGCGACCUGACGCCGAUGCUGAUGGAUUCAUCUUUCUUUUUCCAGAAAAAUGUUCAUCGGUGGUCUCUCUUGGCAGACCAGUCCAGAGAGCCUUAGGGAGUACUUCACCAAGUACGGGGACAUCACAGAAGUUAUGGUCAUGAAAGAUCCCACCACACGGCGAUCAAGGGGCUUUGGAUUCAUCACGUUCGCAGAUCCCGCGAGUGUAGAUAAAGUGCUGGCACAGGGUAACCACGAGUUAGAUGGCAAGAAAAUCGACCCGAAGGUAGCGUUUCCUAGGAGAACACACCCAAAGAUGGUGACAAGGACAAAGAAGAUAUUCGUCGGUGGACUCUCGGCACCGACGACGCUGGAGGACGUCAAAAACUACUUCGAACAGUUCGGCCCGAUCGAGGAUGCCAUGCUGAUGUUCGACAAGCAGACCAACAGGCACAGAGGCUUUGGCUUUGUCACGUUUCAAAGCGAGGACGUGGUCGACAAAGUCUGCGAGAUUCAUUUCCAUGAAAUCAACAACAAAAUGGUCGAGUGCAAGAAAGCACAGCCGAAGGAAGUGAUGCUCCCGGCUAACCUGGCGAAGACGCGAGCAGCCAACAGAGGCGCAUACGAUUUUAUGUGGUCCCUGGGAGCAUUACCUGAUGGUUUCCCAGCGGCGGCGUACGCGGCAUACGCGGCAGGCCGUGGCUAUUCUGGGUACCCUAGUUUCGGACUGCCCUACCCGACAGGAGUGCCGGCAGUGUACUACCACGGAACCGGAAGCGACAAUGCAAGCCACGCGUAUACGGAGACACCGAUGCAACACGUCCAACGGACUGCAAUCCGGAAGAAAUUGGAUCUUACCAACGGACAGCUCACCCCCAACAACAACACGCCCUUGCUCACGCAAGCUCUUUCUGUGAUGAACAACUACCAGGCGGCCGCAGCGCAGGCCGGAUUCCCGCCGGCGUCGCCGCACGCGGCCGGCGGCCACGGCGGGCCACAAGGUCGGUCAUUCCCUGCGGCCAACUCACCGGGCCCCAUCGACAUGUAUAGCUCAAGCGCCGCAGCCGCAGCAGCAGCCGCAGCCGCUGACUCAGCAGUCGCCAGCUACGUCCAGGCCGCAGCUAGUCCGCAGCCCCCUACGACCGCGUUCCCUGCGAUCGCCGUGUCCCGUGCCCCGCUCAACUACAGUCCCGGUCCUCUAAUACCAGCGGCGUUCACUAAUGGCUACCAUUGAGCCUUGUUAAGACCUAAUAACAGGAUGGACGAGAGGGCAGAGCGCAGCACGGUCGACUGACGGUAUAGUGAGCGAUGUAAAUGCCUUGGGAGAACUUAUCACGAUGAACGAGCUCUGGACGGAAGAGGAUGCGUACCACCACCACCACCACCAACACUAUCAAUCGGAAGAAUCGCGAUUUAAGUAGAAAUGAACGAGAGGAAUCUUUACAUCGGCGAGAAAACACUUCGAACUUGUGAAUAUGAUUGUCAUUGACGAAGAAUUAACACCAAACAGAACAUACAAACACACACACACACACACACACACAUACAAAUACGCAUACACACACGGAAGAGGAGUUAAUCUGAACAAAUAUUGAGGCACAGAACAAACGAGGAAAAAGGUGGGCGAAAAAAAAACGAAGAUUGAAGACAAACGGGGAAAAUUGUACAUCCGAUCUGUAUCCAGAAAGCAUAAGAGGAAAACGACACGCAAGAGGAUUAAAGGUAGAAAAAUGCAAAAGAAAAACACGAAU